AUGUCAGGUCACAUAGAAGGUGUUCAAGCAAAAUUGAAAAUAGUUCACCCUCCAGCUAAAUGUGCAGUAUAUGUACAUUGUAUGGCACAUAAGAUUAAUUUAGUAGUUAUUGAUAUGUGCAAGCACUUAAAGGAUGCUAAAAUCUUAUUUAACGCUUUGGAGGCACUCUAUGUUCAUUUCUCUCAUCCAACAAGAAACGGAAAACUUACUGAUUUACAAUUUAAAUUGAAUAUGAAAAAGACAACACUUUCUCAGUUAAGUGACACUCGUUGGAUUUGCCGCUUUAAAAGCUGUGAUGCAGUGAUAAAAAAUUUUAAUGCCAUAGCUAAAGUUUUAAAUGAUGAAAUUGAUGAUCAACAAAGUAAAUGUGUUACCCAAGCAAUUGGUAUGUUAUGA